ACAUUAACAUCGACUGACCUCCAAACCCUAUAAUCAAAGGAGUUGUUCAUCCACAUUUUAAAUAUUUCGGCACAAAGGGGACGGAAUCAACAAAACCCUAAUGAAAUUCGUCCCUUAUGAACAGUUGAAUUCGGCCGACCGAUUUGUCGUCUCUCUCGCGUCUCCGUCCACCACCACCGUUGUUUUGUUUCUCUUAUUUGCGAUUUUGACCAUCAAACACUCUCGCUUUCUCUCUUUCUUUCUUUGUACUUUGUCUUUCUUUUUAUUUCUCUAUUAUCCCCUUCGCUUGAUCUCCCUGCCUUUUCUGAGACUUCUCUGUUCCCUUCUUUCUGAUAAAACUGUCUCUUCAAUGCCCUGUGAACCCAAAACGAGGUAUCAAUCAAGGGGAGAAAAAGGGUGUUUAACACCAAUACUCCAUCAGGGUUCUGUUCAAUCAUCGCCAUAGAUUGAUUUGAAGGGCUUAGAGAAGAAGGAGUAACCCAUUUGGUUGUUUCUUUGUUUGUUCUUGUUGCCAUGAGAAUCACAGGGUUUUGGUUGUUUCUUUGAGUGGAUAUCACUUGCUCUGUUCUUAAUCUUUGUUUGAUUCUUGGUUUUGGGGUUUGUUCUUUUCUGGGUGUCAAGAGGAGAUGGCUCGGAGUAAUGAAGUCAACCUUAAUGAAUCUAAGAGCGUUGUUCCAUUGAAUACAUGGGUGCUUAUCUCCAAUUUCAAGCUAGCUUACAACAUUCUCCGCCGCUCGGACGGGACAUUCAACCGUGAGUUAGCGGAGUAUCUCGAGCGUAAAGUUCCUGCCAAUGUGAUUCCUGUUGAUGGGGUUUUCUCGUUUGAUCAUGUCGAUCGAGCUUCUGGCCUUCUUAACCGAGUUUAUCAGCUAUCCCCUGGAAAUGAAGCUCGAUGGGGUAUCGUUGAUCUUGAGAAGCCUCUAAGCACGUCUAAAGUUGUUCCUGUCAUCCUGUUUUUUCAUGGGGGGAGCUUUGCUCAUUCAUCAGCCAACAGUGCUAUCUAUGACACGUUUUGCCGUCGAAUUGUAAGCAUCUGCAAGGCAGUUGUUGUCUCGGUUAACUAUCGUCGGUCGCCCGAACAUCCGUAUCCAUGUGCGUAUGAGGAUGGCUGGGCUGCACUUAAAUGGGUUAAGUCAAAAACAUGGCUGCAAAGUGGGAAGGACUCUAAGGUUCACGUGUAUUUAGCUGGCGACAGUUCUGGUGGCAACAUUGCUCAUCAUGUUGCUGUGAAGGCAGCUGAAGAAGACAUCGAAGUCUUAGGCAAUAUCCUUCUUCACCCGAUGUUCGGUGGCGAAAAGAGAACCGAAUCCGAGAAGAAACUCGACGGUAAAUACUUCGUAACCAUCCAAGACCGAGAUUGGUACUGGAGAGCCUAUCUCCCUGAAGGAGAAGACAGAGAUCACCCAGCUUGCAACAUUUUUGGCCCCAAAUCCAAAAGCAUAGCAGGACUCGACUUCCCGAAAAGCCUAGUCGUCGUUGCCGGUUUGGAUUUAAUGCAAGACUGGCAACUUGCUUACGUGCAAGGACUGAAAGACUCCGGUCACGACGUGAAACUUCUCUUCCUCGAACAGGCGACAAUCGGGUUCUACUUCUUGCCUAACAAUCAACAUUUCUACUGUCUAAUGGAAGAGAUAAAUAGCUUCAUCAACCCUUAACUGUUCAUACAACUAAAAAGCACUAAAAAAAAUGCUGCAACACCUAACAGAAGCUUUGACAUAUAAAACUUGGGUUCCUUUUCUCCCCUUUGCUGUAAUGCUUGGUAGUGUUAUAUAUAUAUAUAUAUAUAUAUAUAUAUAUAUAUAUGUAUGUAUGUAUGUAUGUAUAUGUAUAUGUAUAGGUUAUAUACAAUAUUAACAUCAUGGGAUUCUGCUUCUUUGCUGCUACUGCUGCUUAUUCAAGUUCAGGAGCUAAGUGGCCAAAAUUUAUGGAGGUGAUGAGAUAGAUACCAACAAAAAGCCCAAAGAAAGCUUGCCUGCCUUGCUCUUCCAGCCAUCCAAACAAGUGAGUAUGUGAAGUUUAGGGGUAAAUUUUGUUGGUCUUAUCAAUGUUUAUGAGCAUUCUGACUGAUAAUGCACUAAUUUUUUCACAAAGUUUUGGAUUUGAUCCAUUUUGUUUGUGAAUUCUGUGUUAUUAAGUGUUGUUGUUUGUAUCUA